AUGACCACCCCGCGCUGCUUCAUCGUCCGGCACGGCGAGACGGAAUGGUCCUUGUCAGGAAAACACACGGGCACCACCGACAUACCGCUCACAAAGAACGGGGAGAAGCGAGUACGCGCGACGGGCAAGGCCCUCGUGGGGGACGAUAGGUUGAUUGUGCCCAAGCAGUUGGUUCACAUCUACGUCUCCCCCCGGCACCGCGCGCAGAGGACGCUCGAACUGCUCAAUCUCGGCUGCCACCAGCCCUACCCGUGGCAAUCGCAGUCCCAAUCGACCCACAACCCCUCUUCCUCGUCAGAACACAUAACCACCGCCGACGUGACCAUCGACCCGCGGAUCGCCGAGUGGGACUACGGCGAGUACGAGGGCAUCACAUCCGCCGAGAUCCGCGAGCUACGAAAAACCCAGGGUCUCCCGCCCUGGGACAUCUGGCGCGACGGCUGCCCCGGGGGCGAAUCUCCGCAGGACAUCAUGGACCGGGUCGACAGCCUGAUCCGGGAGAUUCGCGAGCGGUACCACUCCAAGGUGAUCGGGAAGCCCAAACAGCCCGGUGUCACGGGCGAUGUGUUGGUCGUGGGCCACGGGCACAUUUUGAGGGCGUUCGCUGUGCGCUGGAUCGGGAGACCGCUCACGGAGACGGCCAUGAUCAUGGAAGCUGGCGGUGUGGGCACUCUGAGCUACGAACACCACAAUAUCCACGAGCCCGCUAUCUUGCUGGGUGGAGGGUUCGUGGUGGGCGAGGAUAAGGAGGAGAUUGAAAGGGGGGAGAAGGAGGAGAGAGAGAAGGAAGGAAAGUCGUGA